AUGGGUGCCCCGAGCGCGUGCCGGACGCUGGUGUUGGCUCUGGCAGCCGUGCUCGUGGUGCCGCAGGCAGAGACCCAGGGCCCUGCGGAACCGAGCUGGGGGAGUGCAGGGCACACCACAGACGGCGGUGCCCCGACAUCCUCGCCCACCCGGCGCGUGAGCUUUGUUCCACCCGUCACUGUCUUCCCCAGCCUGAGCCCCCUGAACCCGGCGCACAACGGGCGGGUGUGCAGCACCUGGGGCGACUUCCACUACAAGACCUUCGACGGCGACGUCUUCCACUUCCCCGGCCUCUGCAACUACGUGUUCUCUGAGCACUGCGGCGUCGCCUAUGAGGACUUCAACGUCCAGCUGCGCCGAGGCCUGGUGGGCUCCAGGCCUGUGGUCACCCGUGUUGUCAUCAAGGCCCAGGGGCUGGUGCUGGAGGCGUCCAACGGCUCUGUCCUCAUCAACGGGCAGCGGGAGGAGCUGCCUUACAGCCGCACUGGCCUCCUGGUGGAGCAGAGCGGGGACUAUGUCAAGGUCAGCAUCCGGCUGGUCCUGACAUUCCUGUGGAACGGAGAGGACAGUGCCCUGCUGGAGCUGGACCCCAAAUACGCCAACCAGACCUGUGGCCUGUGUGGGGACUUCAAUGGCCUCCCAACCUUCAACGAGUUCUACGCCCACAAUGCCAGGCUGACCCCGCUCCAGUUUGGGAACCUGCAGAAGUUGGACGGGCCCACGGAGCAGUGCCCAGACCCGCUGCCCUUGCCAGCCGGCAACUGCACGGACGAGGAGGGCAUCUGCCACCGCACCCUGCUGGGGCCGGCCUUUGCGGAGUGCCACACACUGGUGGACAGCGCCGCGUACCUGGCCGCCUGCGCCCAGGACCUGUGCCGCUGCCCCACCUGCCCGUGUGCCACCUUUGUGGAAUACUCACGCCAGUGCGCCCACGCGGGGGGCCAGCCGCGGAACUGGAGGCGCCCUGAGCUCUGCCCCCGGACCUGCCCCCUCAACAUGCAGCACCAGGAGUGUGGCUCACCCUGCGCGGACACCUGCUCCAACCCCCAGCGCGCGCAGCUCUGCGAGGACCACUGUGUGGAUGGCUGCUUCUGCCCUCCAGGCACGGUGCUGGAUGACAUCACGCACUCUGGCUGCCUGCCCCUCGGGCAGUGCCCCUGCACCCACAGCGGCCGCACCUACAGCCCUGGCACCUCCUUCAACACCACCUGCAGCUCCUGCACCUGCUCCGGGGGGCUAUGGCAGUGCCAGGACCUGCCGUGCCCUGGCACCUGCUCCGUGCAGGGCGGGGCCCACAUCUCCACCUACGAUGAGAAACUCUACGACCUGCAUGGUGACUGCAGCUACGUUCUGUCCAAGAAAUGUGCUGAUGGCAGCUUCACCGUGCUGGCCGAGCUGCGGAAGUGCGGCCUGACGGACAACGAGAACUGCCUGAAAGCAGUGACGCUCAGCCUGGAUGGCGGGGACACGGCCAUCCGGGUCCAAGCAGAUGGCAGCGUGUUCCUCAACUCCAUCUAUACGCAGCUGCCCCUGUCGGCAGCCAACAUCACCCUGUUCACACCCUCGAGCUUCUUCAUCGUGGUGCAGACAGGCCUCGGGCUGCAGUUGCUGGUGCAGCUGGUGCCGCUCAUGCAGGUGUUUGUCAGGCUGGACUCCGCCCACCAGGGCCAGAUGUGCGGCCUGUGUGGGAACUUCAACCAGAACCAGGCUGACGACUUCACGGCCCUCAGUGGGGUGGUGGAGGCCACUGGCGCAGCCUUCGCCAACACCUGGAAGGCCCAGGCCGCCUGUGCCAAUGCCAGGAACAGCUUUGAGGACCCCUGCUCCCUCAGUGUGGAGAAUGAGAACUACGCCCGGCACUGGUGCUCGCGCCUGACCGACCCCAACGGUGCCUUCUCACGCUGCCACUCCGUCAUCAACCCCAAGCCCUUCCACUCGAACUGCAUGUUUGACACCUGCAACUGUGAGCGGAGCGAGGACUGCCUGUGCGCCGCGCUGUCCUCCUAUGUGCACGCCUGCGCUGCCAAAGGCGUGCAGCUCAGCGGCUGGAGGGACGGCGUCUGCACCAAGUACAUGCAGAACUGCCCCAAGUCCCAGCGCUACGCCUACGUGGUGGAUGCCUGCCAGCCCACUUGCCGCGGCCUGAGUGAGGCCGACGUCACCUGCAGCGUUUCCUUCGUGCCUGUGGACGGCUGCACCUGCCCCGCGGGCACCUUCCUCAAUGACGCGGGCGCCUGUGUGCCCGCCCAGGAGUGCCCCUGCUACGUUCAUGGCACCGUGCUGGCUCCUGGAGAGGUUGUGCACGACGAAGGCGCUGUGUGUUCGUGUACGGGUGGGAAGCUGAGCUGCCUGGGAGCCUCUCUGCAGAAAAGCACAGGGUGUACCGCCCCCAUGGUGUACCUGGACUGCAGCAACAGCUCGGCGGGCACCCCUGGGGCCGAGUGCCUCCGGAGCUGCCACACGCUGGACGUGGGCUGUUUCAGCACACACUGCGUGUCCGGCUGUGUCUGUCCCCCGGGGCUGGUGUCGGACGGGAGUGGGGGCUGCAUUGCCGAGGAGGACUGCCCCUGCGUGCACAACGAGGCCACCUACAAGCCUGGAGAGACCAUCAGGGUCGACUGCAACACCUGCACCUGCAGGAACCGGAGGUGGGAGUGCAGCCACCGGCUCUGCCUGGGCACCUGCGUGGCCUACGGGGACGGCCACUUCAUCACCUUUGAUGGCGAGCGCUACAGCUUUGAAGGCAGCUGCGAGUACAUCUUGGCCCAGGACUACUGUGGGGACAACACCACCCACGGGACCUUCCGCAUCGUCACCGAGAACAUCCCCUGUGGGACCACCGGCACCACCUGCUCCAAGGCCAUCAAGCUCUUCGUGGAGAGCUACGAGCUGAUCCUCCAGGAGGGGACCUUUAAGGCGGUGGUGAGAGGGCCAGGUGGGGACCCACCCUACAAGAUCCGCUACAUGGGGAUCUUCCUGGUCAUCGAGACCCGCGGGAUGGCCGUGUCCUGGGACCGGAAGACCAGCGUGUUCAUCCGACUGCACCAGGACUACAAGGGCAGGGUCUGCGGCCUGUGCGGGAACUUCGAUGACAAUGCCAUCAAUGACUUUGCCACACGUAGCCGGUCCGUGGUGGGGGACGCGCUGGAGUUCGGGAACAGCUGGAAGCUCUCCCCCUCCUGCCCGGAUGCCCUGGUGCCCAAGGACCCCUGCACAGCCAACCCCUUCCGCAAGUCCUGGGCCCAGAAGCAGUGCAGCAUCCUCCACGGCCCCACCUUCGCCGCCUGCCGCUCCCAGGUUGACUCCACCAAGUACUACGAGGCCUGCGUGAACGACGCGUGUGCCUGUGACUCGGGUGGCGACUGCGAGUGUUUCUGCACGGCUGUGGCCGCCUACGCCCAGGCUUGCCACGACGCGGGCCUGUGUGUGUCCUGGCGGACUCCGGACACUUGCCCCUUGUUCUGUGACUUCUACAACCCACACGGGAGCUGUGAGUGGCACUACCAGCCCUGCGGGGCACCCUGCCUGAAAACCUGCCGGAACCCCAGUGGGCACUGCCUGGUGGACCUGCCUGGCCUGGAAGGCUGCUACCCAAAGUGCCCACCCAGCCAGCCCUUCUUCAAUGAGGACCAGAUGAAGUGCGUGGCCCAGUGUGGCUGCUACGACAAGGACGGAAACUACUAUGACGUCGGUGCAAGGGUCCCCACAGCGGAGAACUGCCAGAGCUGUAACUGCACACCCAGUGGCAUCCAGUGCGCUCACAGCCUUGAGGCCUGCACCUGCACCUAUGAGGACAGGACCUACGGCUACCAGGACGUCAUCUACAACACCACCGAUGGGCUUGGCGCCUGCUUGAUCGCCAUCUGCGGAAGCAACGGCACCAUCAUCAGGAAGGCUGUGGCAUGUCCUGGAACUCCAGCCACAACGCCAUUCACCUUCACCACCACCUGGGUCCCCCACUCCACGACAAGCCCAGCCCUCCCGGUCUCCACCGUGUGUGUCCGCAAGUUCUGCCACUGGUCCAGCUGGUACAAUGGGCACCGCCCAGAGCCUGGCCUGGGAGGUGGAGACUUCGAGACAUUUGAAAACCUGAGGCAGAGAGGGUACCAGGUGUGCCCCAUGCCGGCUGACAUCGAGUGCCGGGCGGGGCAGCUUCCCGACAUGCCGCUGGAGGAGCUGGGCCAGCAGGUGGACUGUGACCGCAUGCGGGGGCUGAUGUGCGCCAACAGCCAGCAGAGCCCCCCGCUCUGUCACGACUAUGAGCUGCGGGUUCUCUGCUGUGAAUACGUGCCCUGUGGCCCCUCCCCGGCCCCAGGCAGCAGCCCCCAGCCCUCCUUCAGUGCCAGCACGGAGCCUGCUGUGCCUACCCCCACCCAGACCACAGCAACCGAAAAGACCACCCUAUGGGUGACCCCGAGCGUCCAGUCGACGGCGGCCCUCACCUCGCAGGCUGGGUCCAGCUCAGGCCCCGUGACGGUCACCCCCCCGGCCCCAGGUACCACCACCUGCCAGCCCCGGUGUCAGUGGACAGAGUGGUUUGAUGAGGACUACCCCAAGUCUGAACAACUUGGGGGGGACGUUGAGUCCUACGAUAAGAUCAAGGCCGCGGGAGGGCACUUAUGCCAGCAGCCUAAAGACAUAGAGUGCCAGGCCGAGAGCUUCCCCAACUGGACCCUGGCACAGGUGGGGCAGAAGGUGCACUGUGACGUCCGCUUCGGCCUGGUGUGCAGGAACUGGGAACAGGAGGGCGUGUUCAAGAUGUGCUACAACUACAGGAUCCGGGUCCUGUGCUGCAGCGCCGACCACUGUAGGGGACGGGCCACAACCCCGCCACCAGCCACAGAGCCGGAGACAGCCACCACCACCACCACCCAGGCCCUGUUCUCAACGCCGCAGCCUGCGAGUAGCCCAGGGGUGACCAGGGCUCCCCUGCCCAGCACCACAGCAGUCCCCACUCUCUCAAAAGGACUGACAUCCCCCAGAUACACAAGCACCCUUGGUACAGCCACCACGGGAGGCCCCACGGUUCCUGCAGCUUCCACAGAACCCACUGUCCCAGGGGUGGCCACAUCCAGCCUUCCAACACGCUCAGCCCUUCCAGCGACCACAGGGAGCUCGGGCACAUGGCGCCCCUCACAGCCAUCCACACUGGCCACAACAACAAUGGCAACCUCCAGAGCUCACCCGACAGGCACAGCCAGCACCGGCUCCAAAGAGCCACUGACCACAAGCCUGGCGCCAACCCUCACGAGCAAGCUGUCCACCUCUCGGGCCGACACCAGCACGCCCAGGGCAGAGACGACACUGACCCCCUUGACUGAGGCCACCACCAGCCAGGGCACAACCCGCUGUCAGCCGAAGUGUGAGUGGACAGAGUGGUUCGACGUGGACUUCCCAACCUCAGGGGUUGCAGGCGGGGACAUGGAAACUUUUGAAAACAUCAAGGCUGCUGGGGGCAAGAUGUGCUGGGCACCAAAGAGCAUAGAGUGCCGGGCGGAGAACUAUCCCGAGGUAAGCAUCGACCAGGUCGGGCAGGUGCUGACCUGCAGCCUGGAGACGGGGCUGACCUGCAAGAAUGAGGACCAGACGGGCAGGUUCAACAUGUGCUUCAACUACAAUGUGCGUGUGCUUUGCUGUGACGACUACAGCCACUGCCCCAGCACAGCCGCCCCCACGCCCACCUCCUCCACACAGGCCCCCAAACUCACCUCCACGGGGGCCACCACGGGGGCCACCACCCCCACAGUGACUGCCUCCACAGCCACCACUGCCAUGGUGGCCACCACCCCCACAGCCACUGCAACCUGGAGCACCAAGUCACCAGCAGUAACAGGACCCUCAACUCUGGCCACCACUCAAACUGGCCCCAGCUUCUCCAAGACCACAGAGAGGGUACCCCUCCCCAGUCCCUCUGCCCCUCCAGCUUCCACCACCAGCCUCCUCCCUACCAGGGGGCAGCAGACCUCCCAGGCUCCGUCCAUGCCCACCAGUCCAACUGUGGCCAGCACCCCCACAACGUCCCCCAUGGUGACCGACCGUGUGCACACAACUCUGCAGACUUCCAGCUCUGGGCCCGCCAUCAGGACGACCCUGCCCUCCGGCCCCCCAUCUCCCAGCACAGGCUGUGUGCCUCGCUGCACCUGGACAGACUGGUUUGAUGAGGACUACCCCAGCCCCGGCCCUGACAGCGGGGACUUUGAGACCUUUGGGGUCAUCCGCUCGGCUGGCCACACCUUCUGUGAACAUCCACAGGACAUUGAGUGCCGCUCUGAGAUGGCGCCCGACCAGCCACUGGAGGCCCUGGGACAGGUGGUACAAUGCGACGUGAGCAUUGGGCUGGUGUGUAGGAACCGUGACCAACUUGGGCCCCUGUGGUACUGCCACAACUUUCAUGUGCGCCUGUUGUGCUGUGACAACAGCCACUGUGCCACAACUCCCACGAGCACCAGAUCCAUCACUACCACUCCCACGAGGACCGGAUCCAUGGCUGCCACAUCCAUGAGUGCUGGUUCCACGGCUGCCACGCCUAGGAGCACAGGCGCCACAGCCAGGCGCGCCACCACCCCAGGAACAGCUCACACCACGAAAGUACUGACCACCACAGGCAUCACGACCCAGGCCACCAGCUCCACAGCCACCCCCUACUCCACCCAAAGGACUGCUGAGACCCCCAAAAUGUUGACCACCACUACCACCACAACUGUGGCUGCCAGCUCCACCGCCACCCCCUUCGCCACCGUGCAGACAGCUCACACCCCCAAAGUGCUGACCACCACGGCCACCACCACGGGCUCCACAGUCACCCCCUCCAACAGCCCAGGGACUGCAAGCACCCUUCCAGCACUUAUCACCACAACCACCACACCCACAACUACCGUCUCCAUGGUGACCCCCUCCUCUAUCCCGGGGACAACCCACACUCCUGCAGUGCUGAUCACCACCACCAUGACAACUAUGGGCACUGGUUCUACGGCAACACCCACCUCUAGCCCACAGACAGCUGGUACUCCAACAGAACUGACCACCACGGCCACCAAGAUCACGGCCACUGGCUCCACCACCACCCCCUCUUCCACUCCAAGGACAACUCCCAUUCCUCUAGUGUGGAACACCACAGCCAUCACACCUGCAGCCCCCAGCACUGCAGGGACAACUAAUACACUUCCAGUGCUGACCACAACAUCCACCACACAUGGGCAAUCCCUGCCCCCCAGCAGUCCCCACACAGUGCCCACGGUCUGGACUUCCGUGGCCACCUUGGGCACCACCCACAUCACAGAGCCAUCCACGGUGACUUCCCACACCCCAGCAGGAACCACAGGUACCACCCUGCACUCGACUCCAGCCCUGUCCAGCCCUCACCCUAGCAGCAGGGCCACCGAGUCACCUCCUCCAGGGAAGACCACCCUGGGCCUCACCACGGCCACCUCCAGGACCACGGCCACGACCACACCCAGCGAGACUCGCAUCUCGACCCUGCUGCCCAGCAGCCCCACAUCGGCCCCCACAACCCCGGCGGUGACCACGGGCUGUGAGCCCCAGUGUGCCUGGUCGGACUGGCUGGACUACAGCUACCCCAUGCCGGGGCCCUCUGGCGGCGACUUUGACACCUACUCCAACAUCCGCGCGGCCGGAGGGGCCGUCUGUGAGCAGCCCCUGGGCCUCGAGUGCCGCGCCCAGGCCCAGCCUGGUGUCCCCCUGCGGGAGUUGGGCCAGAUCAUGGAAUGCAGCCUGGACUUUGGCCUGGUCUGCAGGAACAGUGAGCAGGUGGGGAAGUUCAAGAUGUGCUUCAACUAUGAAAUCCGUGUGUUCUGCUGCAACUACAGCCUCUGCCCCAGCACCCCUGCCUCCAGCUCCACGGCCACGCCCUCCUCCACUCCGGGGACGACCUGGCCCCUCACAGAGCUGACCACAACAGCCACUACGACUGCAGCCACUGGCUCCACAGCCACCCCCUCCUCCACCCCAGGGACCACCUGGAUCCUCACAGAGCCAACUACUACAGCCACCACAACCGUGGCCACCGGCUCCAUGGCCACCGCCUCCUCCACCCUGGCAACUGCUGGCACCCCAAAGGUGACCACCACAGCCAUCACAACCGUGGCCACCGGCUCCACAGCCACCGCCUCCUCCACCUCGGCAACUGCUGGCACCCCAAAGGUGACCACCACGGCCAGGACACCCACAGUCACCGGCUCCAAAGCCACUCCCUCCUCCAGUCCAGGGACUGCAACCACCCUUCCAGCACUGACAAGCACAGCCACCACACCCACAGCUACCAGCUUUACAGCCAUCCCCUCUUCCUCCCUGGGCUCCACCUGGACCCGCUUAUCACAGACCACCACACCCACGGCCACCAUGACCACAGCCAGACCCUCCUCCACUCCAGAGACCGCCCACACCUCCACAGUGCUUACCACCACGGCCACCACAACCGGGACCACCGGCUCUGCGGCCACCCCCUCCUCCACCCCAGGAACAGCUCACACUAGCAAAGUGCUGACUACCGCAAGCACGGGCCUCACAGCCACCGCCUCCUCCAGCCCAGGGACGGCACCCACGCUUCCAGUGCGGAUCAGCACAACCACCACACCCACCACCAGUGGCUCCACGGUGAACCCCUCCUCCAUCCCAGGGACCACCCACACCCCCGCAGUGCUGACCACCACCACCACUACUGUGGCCACUGGUUCUAUGGCAACACCCUCCUCCAGCACACAGACCACUGCUACUCCCCCACCACUGACCACCAGGGUCACUACGAUCACCGUCACCGGCUCCACCACCACCCCCUCCUCCACUCCAGGGACAACUCCCAUCCCCCCAGUGCCGAUCACCACGGCCACCACACAUGGACGAUCGCUGCCCCCCAGCAGUCCCCACACGGUGCCCACAGCCUGGACUUCUGUGGCCACGUCGGGCACCACACAUGGACGAUCGCUGCCCCCCAGCAGUCCCCACACGGUGCCCACAGCCUGGACUUCCGUGGCCACGUCGGGCACCACACAUGGACGAUCGCUGCCCCCCAGCAGUCCCCACACGGUGCCCACAGCCUGGACUUCCGUGGCCACGUCGGGCACCACCCACAUCACAGAGCCAUCCAUGGUGACUUCCCACACCCCAGCAGGAACCACAGGUACCACCCUGCACUCGACUCCAGCCCUGUCCAGCCCUCAUCCUAGCAGCAGGGCCACCGAGUCACCCCCUUCUCCAGGGAAGACCACCCUGGGCCUCACCACGGCCACCUCCAGGACCACGGCCACACCCAGUGAGACCCCCACCUCGACCCUGCUGCCCAGCAGCCCCACAUCGGCCCCCACAACCCCGGUGGUGACCACAGGCUGUGAGCCCCAGUGUGCCUGGUCGGACUGGCUGGACUACAGCUACCCCAUGCCUGGGCCCUCUGGCGGCGACUUUGACACCUACUCCAACAUCCGCGCGGCCGGAGGGGCCGUCUGUGAGCAGCCCCUGGGCCUCGAGUGCCGCGCCCAGGCCCAGCCUGGUGUCCCCCUGCGGGAGUUGGGCCAGAUCGUGGAAUGCAGCCUGGACUUUGGCCUGGUCUGCAGGAACCGUGAGCAGGUGGGGAAGUUCAAGAUGUGCUUCAACUAUGAAAUCCGCGUGUUCUGCUGCAACUACAGCCUCUGCCCCAGCACCCCUGCCUCCAGCUCCACGGCCACGCCCUCCUCCACUCCGGGGACGACCUGGCUCCUCACAGAGCUGACCACAACAGCCACUACGACUGCAGCCACUGGCUCCACAGCCACCCCCUCCUCCACCCCAGGGACCACCUGGAUCCUCACAGAGCCAACUACUACAGCCACCACAACCGUGGCCACCGGCUCCAUGGCCACCGCCUCCUCCACCCUGGCAACUGCUGGCACCCCAAAGGUGACCACCACGGCCAGGACACCCACAGUCACUGGCUCCAAAGCCACUCCCUCCUCCAGUCCAGGGACUGCAACCACCCUUCCAGCACUGACAAGCACAGCCACCACACCCACAGCUACCAGCUUUACAGCCAUCCCCUCUUCCUCCCUGGGCUCCACCUGGACCCGCUUAUCACAGACCACCACACCCACGGCCACCAUGACCACAGCCAGACCCUCCUCCACUCCAGAGACUGCCCACACCUCCACAGUGCUUACCACCACGGCCACCACAACCGGGACCACCGGCUCUGCGGCCACCCCCUCCUCCACCCCAGGAACAGCUCACACUAGCAAAGUGCUGACUACCGCAAGCACGGGCCUCACAGCCACCGCCUCCUCCAGCCCAGGGACGGCACCCACGCUUCCAGUGCGGAUCAGCACAACCACCACACCCACCACCAGUGGCUCCACGGUGAACCCCUCCUCCAUCCCAGGGACCACCCAUACCCCCGCAGUGCUGACCACCACCACCACUACUGUGGCCACUGGUUCUAUGGCAACACCCUCCUCCAGCACACAGACCACUGCUACUCCCCCACCACUGACCACCAGCGUCACUACGAUCACCGCCACCGGCUCCACCCCCACCCCCUCCUCCACUCCAGGGACAACUCCCAUCCCCCCAGUGCCGAUCACCACGGGCACCACACAUGGACGAUCGCUGCCCCCCAGCAGUCCCCACACGGUGCCCACAGCCUGGACUUCCGUGGCCACGUCGGGCACCACACAUGGACGAUCGCUGCCCCCCAGCAGUCCCCACAUGGUGCCCACAGCCUGGACUUCCGUGGCCACGUCGGGCACCACCCACAUCACAGAGCCAUCCACGGUGACUUCCCACACCCCAGCAGGAACCACAGGUACCACCCUGCACUCGACUCCAGCCCUGUCCAGCCCUCAUCCUAGCAGCAGGGCCACUGAGUCACCCCCUUCUCCAGGGAAGACCACCCUGGGCCUCACCACGGCCACCUCCAGCACCACGGCCACACCCAGUGAGACCCCCACCUCGACCCUGCUGCCCAGCAGCCCCACAUCGGCCCCCACAACCCCGGCGGUGACCACGGGCUGUGAGCCCCAGUGUGCCUGGUCGGACUGGCUGGACUACAGCUACCCCAUGCCGGGGCCCUCUGGCGGCGACUUUGACACCUACUCCAACAUCCGCGCGGCCGGAGGGGCCGUCUGUGAGCAGCCCCUGGGCCUCGAGUGCCGCGCCCAGGCCCAGCCUGGUGUCCCCCUGCGGGAGUUGGGCCAGAUCGUGGAAUGCAGCCUGGACUUUGGCCUGGUCUGCAGGAACCGUGAGCAGGUGGGGAAGUUCAAGAUGUGCUUCAACUAUGAAAUCCGUGUGUUCUGCUGCAACUACAGCCUCUGCCCCAGCACCCCUGCCUCCAGCUCCACGGCCACGCCCUCCUCCACUCUGGGGACGACCUGGCCCCUCACAGAGCUGACCACAACAGCCACUACGACUGCAGCCGCUGGCUCCAUAGCCACCCCCUCCUCCACCCCAGGGACCACCUGGAUCCUCACAGAGCCAACUACUACAGCCACCACGACCGUGGCCACCGGCUCCACAGCCACACCGUCCUCCACUCCGGGGACAACCUGGAUCCUUACAGAGCCAACCACUACAGCCAUCACGACUGUGGCCGCGGGCUCCACGGCCACCCUGACCUCCACCCCGGUAACAGCUCACCCUCCCAAAGUGCUGACCAGCACGGCCACCACACCCAUAGCCAGCAGCUCCAAAGCCACUCCCUCCUCCAGUGCAAGGACUACAACCACCCUUCCAGUGCUGACAAGCACAGCCACAAAAUCCACAGCUACCAGCUUUACACCCAUCCCCUCCUCCACCCUGUGGACCACCUGGACCCUCCCAGCACAGACCACACCCAUGGCCACCAUGUCCACAAUCCACACCUCUUCCACUCCAGAGACCACCCACACCUCCACAGUGCUGACCACCACUGCCACCACGACAAGGGCCACGAGUUCCAUGGCCACAUCCUCCUCCACUCUGGGGACAACCUGGGUCCUCACAGAGCUGACCACAGCAGCCACUACGACUGCAGCCACUGGCUCCACGGCCACCCCGUCCUCCACCCCAGGGACCACCUGGAUCCUCACAGAGCCAAGCACUACAGCCACCAUGACCGUGCCCAGCGGCUCCAUGGCCACCGCCUCCUCCACUCCAGGAACAGCUCACACCCCCAAGGUGGUGACCACCAUGGCCACCAUGCCCACAGCCACUGGCUCCACGGUUCCCAGCUCGUCCACCCUGGGGACCACCCACACCCCUGCAGUGCUCCCCAGCAGCCUGCCAACCUUCAGCAUGUCCACUGUGUCCUCCUCAGUCCUCACCACCCUGAGACCCACUGGCUUGCCCAGCUCCCACUUCUCUACUCCCUGCUUCUGCAGGGCAUUUGGACAGUUCUUCUCGCCUGGGGAAGUCAUCUAUAAUAAGACCGACCGAGCCGGCUGCCAUUUCUACGCAGUGUGCAACCAGCACUGUGACAUCGACCGCUUCCAGGGCGCCUGCCCCACCUCCCCAGCACCAGUGUCCUCCACCCCGCUGUCCUCGCCCUCCCCUGCCCCUGGCUGUGACAAUGCCAUCCCUCCCCGGCAGGUGAAUGAGACCUGGACCCUGGAGAACUGCAUGGUGGCCAGGUGCGUGGGUGACAACCGUGUCAUCCUGCUGGAUCCAAAGCCUGUGGCCAACGUCACCUGCGUGAACAAGCACCUGCCCAUCAAAGUGUCGGACCCGAUCCAGCCCUGUGACUUCCACUAUGAGUGCGAGUGCAUCUGCAGCAUGUGGGGCGGCUCCCACUAUUCCACCUUUGACGGCACCUCUUACACCUUCCGGGGCAACUGCACCUAUGUCCUCAUGAGAGAGAUCCACGCACGCUUUGGGAAUCUCAGCCUCUACCUGGACAACAAUUACUGCGCAGCCUCUGCCGCUGCCGCCAGCUGCCCCCGCGCCCUCAGCAUCCACUACAAGUCCAUGGACAUCGUCCUCACCGUCACCAUGGUGCAUGGGAAGGAGGAGGGCCUGACCCUGUUUGACAAAAUUCCGGUGAGCAGCGGUUUCAGCAAGAACGGCGUGCUGGUGUCUGUGACGGGGACCACCACCAUGCGUGUGGACAUUCCUGCCCUGGGCGUGAGCAUCACCUUCGAUGGCCACGUCUUCCAGGCCCGGCUGCCCCACAGCCUCUUCCACAACAACACCGAGGGCCAGUGCGGCACCUGCACCAACAACCAGAGGGACGACUGUCUCCAGCGGGAUGGAACCACUGCCGCCAGCUGCAAGGACAUGGCCAAGACUUGGCUGGUCCCCGACAGCAGAAAGGAUGGCUGCUGGGCCCCGACUGGCACACCCCCCACUGCCAGCCCCCCGGCCCCGGUGUCUAGCACACCCACCCCCAGCCCGUGCCCACCGCAGCCGCUCUGCGAUCUGAUGCUGAGCCAGGUCUUUGCUGAGUGCCACGACCUUGUGCCCCCGGGCCCAUUCUUCAACGCCUGCAUCAGCGACCACUGCGGGGGCCGCCCCGAGGUGCCCUGCCAGAGCCUGGAGGCCUACGCAGCACUCUGCCGCACCCGGGGAGUGUGCAGUGACUGGCGAGGUGCAACCGGUGGCCUGUGCGACCUCACCUGCCCGCCCACCAAAGUGUACAAGCCAUGCGGCCGCAUACAGCCUGCCACCUGCAACUCCAGGAACCAGAAUCCACAGCUGGACGGUCUGGCGGAGGGCUGCUUCUGCCCUGAGGACCAGAUCCUCUUCAACACACACACAGGCAUCUGCGUGCAGGCCUGCCCCUGCGUGGGACCCGAUGGAUUUCCCAAAUUCCCCGGGGAGCGGUGGGUCAGCAACUGCCAGUCCUGCGUGUGUGACGAGGGCUCAGUGUCGGUGCAGUGCAAGCCCCUGCCCUGUGAGGCCCAGGGUCAGCCCCUGCCGUGCAGCCGUCCCGGCUUUGUGACCGUGACCAGGCCCCGGGCCGACAACCCCUGCUGCCCCGAGACGGUGUGCGUGUGCGACACAACCACCUGCCCCCAGAGCCUGCCCGUGUGCCCGCCAGGGCAGGAGUUGAUCUGCACCCAGGAGGAGGGCGACUGCUGUCCCACCUUCCGCUGCAGACCUCAGCUGUGUUCAUACAAUGGCACCUUCUACGGGGUUGGUGCAAACUUCCCAGGGGCCCUUCCCUGCCACACAUGUACCUGCCUCUCUGGGGACACCCAGGACCCAACGGUGCAAUGUCAGGAGGAUGCCUGCAACAAUACUACCUGCCCCCAGGGCUUUGAGUACAAGAGAGUGGCCGGGCAGUGCUGUGGGGAGUGCAUGCAGACCGCCUGCCUCACGCCCGAUGGCCAGCCAGUCCAGCUGAACGAAACCUGGGUCAACAGCCGUGUGGACAACUGCACUGUGUACCUCUGUGAGGUUGAGGGUGGAGUCCAUUUGCUGACCCCACAGCCUGCAUCCUGCCCAGAUGUGUCCAGCUGCAGGGGGAGCCUCAGGAAAACCGGCUGCUGCUACUCCUGUGAGGAGGACUCCUGUCAAGUCCGCGUCAACAUGACCGUCCUGUGGCACCAGGGCUGCAAGACCGAGGUCAACAUCACCUUCUGCGAGGGCUCCUGCCCCGGAGUGUCCAAGUACUUGGCAGAGGCCCAGGCCAUGCAGCACCAGUGCACCUGCUGCCAGGAGAGGCGGGUCCAUGAGGAAACGGUACCCUUGCGCUGUCCCGACGGCUCAGCCAUCCUGCACACGUACACCCACGUGGAUGAGUGUGGCUGCACGCCCUUCUGCGUCCCUGCUCCCAGGGCUCCCCCACACACCCCUGGCUUCCUGGCCCAGGAGGCCACUGCUGUCUGAGGACAUUCUGCCUCCAUCCCCAUGCUCUGUCCACCUGGAGCCAAGACGUGCAUUGUCCAAUCAUGAAAACCUUGGGCCUGCUCCGCAGAGCCCCCCGGCCUCUGUGUGUGGCACCCCGUGCUCCGUGCUCCUGCUGCCCACCCCAUGGGUGAAACCAGCCCUGGAAGGGUGAGGGGCCAGCAGGACCCCUUUCAGGAGGGCGCCACUCAGGAGUCCUGCCCUGGGAGAGCCUGUGGCCCACCUUGGCCUUGCCCCUCCCUGAUGUCACUGGG